CGUAAACAAAGACGAAGCAGAACAGCCUUUACCAAUCAACAGUUAGCAGCAUUGGAGAAAACAUUUGGAAAAACUCAUUAUCCUGAUGUUGUAAUGAGAGAAAGAUUAGCAAUGAUGACUAAUUUACCAGAGGCACGAAUACAGGUAUGGUUUAAAAAUCGUCGGGCCAAAUUCCGAAAGAAA